AUGUCCCCGAGUUAUUUCACGCCGGAGAGGGCGAAGAUCUCUAACCAGUUAUGGGCCGUGACAUCUGCAGUCGGGGCCAGCCUUUGCUUUGUAGUACUCGUGAUCAUCGCCAUCUUGUACACCUAUCCUGGCUCAAGAAUCCACCUCGACCGACUUAGCUUUCGCCUCAUGCUGUACUCUCUGAUCAACAACAUGGCGCUUGGAAUACUCAGCACAAUCUCGGGGAAAUUCACUGGGCCCAGCGUUGGUUGCAGUCUUGCUAUCUUCCUCUUACAGCUCACGCUGCGGAUGUCGACCUUCCUCCUCUUCUGCAUCGCUCUUAACCUUCAACUUGUCGUCGUACAUGGCAUACGAGGGAAACAUCUCGAGAAGUACUACGUCGCUUGCUCGCUCGUGAUGGCAUUGAUCAUCACGAUCCCUCCAUAUGCGGCUGGACAAUACGGCUGGGAUCCUCUCGAGCACGUUUGCUGGUACACCAACGAGAAUAAGCAGCAGCGCAUCGCCUGGCAGAUCGGCACACAGCUUGUUUGGACGGGGCUGACUGUGGUGGGGGAGGUGCUAACUGCAUGUACAGUUUCUACUUACAUGCUCAGGAUACAUUAUCGGCAAAAGCACAUCAUCUCGGCUGCAACGGCGUCCACGAACUAUGCCUUUCCUUGCGUCAAGGACAGGUUCCGGCCAAGCACCAGCGCGGCCUCCCUGAAGCCUAUGUCUUUGCAUGCCCACACCUACGCAAACGUCGUCGCCCGUAUUGCCCUGUAUCCGCUCGCGUCUUGCAUUUUCAACCUGACAAGCAUCUUCACCGUGAUACAUUCCAGCGCGUCAGACGGCAUACAGAAUGCCAGUGACUACCGCAUACUACUGCUCAGCGACUUCCUCUAUGGCGGUCGUGUUGUGAUCUACGCACUGCUCGCGCUUACAGAUCUGGCACUCAUCCGCGCCGUUCGUACUUUCGUGGCGCACCACUGGGACUGCGACUGGGGGAGUACUGCCACACUUCGCUCGCGUACGGUCACGAAUACACGGAAUGGCGUAUCUCGAGCACGUGACGACGGUCUUGUCGUGCAAGUGGAGUUGUCGACGGUCGCAGCUCGCGACCACGCUAGCGGUGCCUCAGGAGCUGAUAUGGCAUCCGACGGCAAAGCGGAAGGUCUACCAAUCGAACGAUGCACUACCGAUGCCACCAUAGCAAGUGUAGGCGAGGAGGAUCGGGUCCCGUCACACUCGGCGGAUAAGGCAGAACGAGGCAUGCUUGCAGACUUGGAAGCGGGCGCGAGAGUGGAUGGGAAAGCUUGCAAUCCCGCGCGAGCCGUGGCAUUUGACCUCGCUUCGCCAAUCUCGCCGACGCAGAGCAUACGUGAUCGCUGGGAAGGGGCCGCUCGACGCGAACAGGCCGAAGAGGAAGAGUUCAUGAGGAUCAUCUGA